AUGAGAAACAAAAGACAGCAACUUGGGGAGGGUAGUUUUGUCAUCUUUCCCCCAUCUUUCUCUCUCUUCAUCAAAAUGGGCUCUGCACCUUCUUCAUCAUCCUAGUCCUUCACUUUUCUCUCUCACAAAUGCUUAGAAGAAGAAGAGAGGAAGAAGAAAAUUAUAGGCAAAGGCAGCGAUGGAGGUUUCUGAUCAUUCUCUCUCUCUAAAAAAACCAAACCCAGAUGAAGAAGAUGGUGCUUCCAGAAAAAGAAAAGUUGUGCAAAAGACUGUGGUUACUGUAAAAAUUGGGUCUAUAAAGGCCACAACAGGGAAGUUGAAGAAUGAAGGGCCACCUCCUGAUUUUUGGUCUUGGAGAAAAUAUGGCCAAAAACCCAUUAAAGGAUCUCCAUAUCCAAGGGGUUAUUAUAGAUGUAGCACAACCAAGGGCUGUUCUGCAAAAAAGCAAGUUGAGAGAUGCAAAACAGAUGGUUCAAUGUUCAUCAUAACAUAUACUUCAAGCCAUAACCAUCCAGGUCCUAGCAUCUCCACCCUCAAUUUGGAUCAACAAUCAGAGGAGAUUCAACCCCAGCCGUUGGAUCAGAGCCAGGAUCUUGUUCCAAAUCAAGGGCAAGAGAUCAUGAAGCAAGAUCACAGCAUUAUUAUUCCAAGUGAUGGAGAAGCAAUAGAAGAAAUGAUUGAAGAAGAAGAAGAAGAAGAAGAAGAAGAAGAAGAAGAAGAAGAGGAAGAAGAAGAAGUGUUGGAGCAAACUAAUAAUGUGUCUUCUUCUUCUUCAUGUUCUCAUCAGCUCAUAAACUUGUCAGCUGCAACAAACAAGUCAGAAGAAAAUGACUUCUUUGAUGAACUUGAGGAGUUGCCCACUCCUCCACCAUUUUCAAGCUUGAAUAUGAGAGGCUACUUUUUUGAUGAAAUUAGGAUCUCUGCUGCCCCUUCUUGAUCUUUGUGCUGUUUUUCUAGUGCUCCCUUCUUCUGAUCUUUGAAAGUUGUGCAUAUUUUGCCUAGUAAUAAAAAAUAUGUCUAUUUUUACAUUUUUUAUUUUAACCACUAUUUCAAGCUUUUCCAAUUUGCCCUUUUUGUCUCUUUUUUCAUGAAAGAGAAGACCCUUUGCCCUAUUUCCUUUU